AUGUUAUUCUCGAUAACCGGAUCCUCCGAGAAAACGUCGACCAACACUUACGUGAAAAUCCGCUAUUUUCCAGCGUCGACUCCGUCGGAAGCGUCGCGUUCCGACCGAACACGACGCCUGGGAACGUUGACCGCCGGUUCCGUUCCGUUCAUCACAACUUCCGACGAAAUCCGUAACAACAAACCCCAACUUCUGCUCGCAACUACCCCGAAAAACAGACCACUCUACAGAACCAAACCAUUCAAACCAUCUCCCGAUAAAACAAUCCACACAAUCCACCUAGUUUCACAUACUGCCACCAUAUUCACCAACGACCCAGCUGAACAUUGCACAACAAUACUUCGAAGUACUUCCAACACUAUUUAUACGUACGAGUCAUAUUUAGCUUGGAAGUACUUCGGAGUACUUCCAACACUUUUUAUAUGCACAAGUCAUAUUUAG